AUGUUUUCAGCCAUAUCACGGUCUCGUACGUUUCGACCGGGUCAUGUUAUUUUACACAAUAAAGCUUUGUCUUUUCGUACCAAUAUUUUACCAAAACUCUAUUAUCCGACCCUUGGAUCCGGUCCCAUUCGUAACAAAGUAACCCCAGUAAACUCUCGUGGAUCACUUUCCUCGAACGAUGCUUUUCUUCAAGGUAAUACAACGAAUUAUAUUGAAGAAAUGUAUGAGGCAUGGCUCAAAAAUCCCUCGUCCGUCGAUUUGUCUUGGCAAGUGUAUUUCAAAAAUAUGGAAACUGGUGUAAAACCGAUGCUUAAUGUUCCGUUGACUGGUCCAGCCACGUCCGUUUCAACAAGCGCUGAUGUUUCUGGCACAUAUGAUAUAAGUGACCACAUGAAGGUUCAACUUUUAGUUAGAGCCUAUCAAGUUCGUGGACAUCACAUUGCAACGUUAGAUCCAUUAAAUAUUAUAAACCCUGAUCCGAAUUCGACUCCGAAAGAACUUGACCCACAUUAUUAUGGUUUUUCAGAAAAAGAUCUCGAUAGGCAAUUUUCUCUAGGUCCUGGAAUAUUACCUGGAUUUGCUGGGACUGGUGAAAAAAAGACUCUCCGUGAAAUAGUUGAAUGUUGCAAAAAGAUUUAUUGUGGCACUAUCGGAAUUGAAUAUACUCAUAUUCUUGACCGUGUACAAUGUGAUUGGAUUCGUGAACGUGUAGAAAUUCCAAAACCAUAUAACUACUCAAGUGAAGAAAAGCGUAUGAUUUUAGAUCGGUUAAUAUGGUCUGAUUCAUUUGAAAGGUUUGUUGCUACUAAAUAUCCGACUGAAAAAAGAUUUGGCUUAGAAGGUUGCGAAAGCUUGAUUCCCGGCAUGAAAGCUUUGAUUGAUAGGUCUGUUGACCUUGGUAUAGAAUCAAUUGUGCUUGGUAUGGCGCAUCGUGGUCGUCUCAAUGUACUCAGCAAUGUGGUUCGCAAACCUAAUGAAUCUAUUUUUUGCGAGUUCGGAGGGUCUGUUGAACCUUCAGAUGAAGGAUCUGGUGAUGUCAAAUAUCAUUUAGGAAUGAAUUAUGUCCGACCAACUCCUUCCGGAAAGCGUGUACAUCUUUCUCUAGCAGCAAACCCAUCUCACUUAGAAGCUGUCGAUCCUGUUGUACUCGGUAAAAUUCGUGCCCUUCAAUUUUAUAUGAAUGAUGAAAAAGAACGUCAUCGUGCUAUGUCUAUAUUAUUACAUGGUGAUGCUUCGUUUGCAGCACAAGGUGUUGUGUAUGAAACGAUUGGUUUUCAUGAUUUACCAAAUUAUACGACGGGAGGUACUGUCCACAUCAUUAUAAAUAAUCAAAUAGGAUUUACUACGGACCCUCGAUUUGCACGUUCAACACCUUAUUGCUCUGACCUUGCUAAAGUAGUUAAUGCACCUAUUUUCCAUGUUAAUGGUGACGACGUUGAAGCUGUGAAUUUUGUGUGCCAACUAGCUGCUGAAUGGAGACAAACCUUCAAGAAAGAUUUUGUUGUUGAUAUUGUUUGCUAUCGUAAACAUGGUCAUAAUGAAGUUGAUCAACCUAGUUUUACUCAACCAAGGAUGUAUAAACAGAUUGCUAAACAAACUCCCAUACUUGAAAAAUAUGUACAAAGACUUUCUAAGGAAGGCACAUUUUCAAUGGAAGAUAUUCAAAAGCAUAAAAAAUGGGUGUGGGAUACUCUAGAAGAAAACUAUAAAAAAAGCAAGGAUUACAAACCCACUAGUCGAGAAUGGUUAUCCAGUUCUUGGGAUGGAUUUAAGUCACCUAAAGAACUUGCAGAGGAAACUACUCCUAUUUAUUCAACUGGAUCUACUCUUGAAUCACUUAAACACAUUGGAGAGGUUAUUAGUUCUCAUCCAAAGAAUUUUAAUGUGCACUCGGGUCUUGUUAGGAUGCUUAAGGCCCGAAAUAAAUCAAUAAAGGAUGGCGCAAACAUUGAUUGGUCCACAGCUGAAAGCCUUGCAUUUGGUUCCUUACUUCUUGAAGGAAAACAUGUUCGGUUAUCUGGUCAAGAUGUCGAACGUGGUACUUUUUCACAACGCCAUGCUGUUCUUCAUGACCAAGAAGAUGAGUCACAAUACGUUCCUUUGAAUGAUCUUCGACCCGGGCAAGCCCAAUAUGUUGUGUGUAACUCUUCGCUCUCUGA